AUGUGCCACCACUCCUCCGGUCCGAGGUUAUGUAACGAAGCCCGGCGCCCGCGAGCCUGCCGUACCCGCCACCGCCAGCGCUCGCCCCCUCGAGCCCCAUCCGUUGGCCCCGCGCACGCCCGGCCUAGGCCCGGCGCUCGCGGAGCAGAAGCCCCGCCGCCGCCGCCGCCGCCGCAGGCCCAAGCCGCGCGACUCGCCCUCCGCCGCGCGGGCCCAACCCCCUCCCUCCCUUCCCCCUACCUGAGCAGGGCGGGUGAGCGCGCCGCCGCGGGCCGAGUCCACCGGCCGACACGGACCGGGAUCACACCCCUCCGCCCGGCUGAAGCCGCUCCUCUGCGCUCCGGCCGCCGCCUGAGACCUCCCCGGCCACCUCAGAGCCACACGCCCCCGAGAGUGCCUUCGCGGGCUGUAGGCCUGCAGACCGCUCAGCGGCUAAAACGGAGUCGCUGCUCCCGCCGCGGUGCUGGCUCCUUCCCCUUGCAACGCUGCCUGCUCGCCACGGACAGCGCCGGCCCGGCUCUGCGUAUUACCCUGCGCCGACAAAACCGAGUUCCACACGCCCCGGAAGGGAGGGAGCGGAGGAAAAGGGCGAAGAGGGAGGGGAGAAUCGGCGGAGAUCGCGGCUGCAGGGACCAGAGUUCUCGCGAUGGUUCCGCGCUCGAGCGCCGGUUCCGCGGGAAUUUUCAAACUCUCGAUCUGAAACAGUAUCUCCAACUUCGUGUCAGCCUUCAACUCCCCCGAGACCAUCAGGCGCCCACAGGCCAAAACAUCCAGAGUGGGCCAUGUGCUAUUCUAGACCAGACUCCUAACACAAAUGCAACAGGUUCCCAACAGUGACUGAUCUUUCCACCUCAUCAAGGGUCCCUUACCUCCCUACACCUUCUUGCUACUGAGUUUGUGGUGCCCUUGCCCGCCAAAGACUCCAGCAAUUUCCGCUGCAGCAACAGGAAUAUGGGCCACACUGACCCACCUCUACCAAAGCCAAGCAGACGGGCCCUGUGACCUUUCUUAGGAGCAAAGGCUGAACUCAACUCCCAUGAAUGUAUCUAGGAGCCCUCAUGCAUGGCCCUGGCCUCACUUAGAAUCAUCUGGAACACUUAAUUAAAACAAUAUAGAUGCUCCCACCCAGACCAAUAGACACAAUCAGGGAUGGAAGCACAGAGGUGACAGUAUUUCUUUAAACUGGCCAUGUCAUCCUAAUUGAAGCCUGGGGUGAGAGCCACUUAGCUAAGUAUUGCCUCUCGAGUCUCAAUGUACAGAUAAAUAAUUUGGUAUUCCAGGCCCUCCUCUAAGUAAUGUGAUUGCAGAGGUUUAGAAGAGGUCUACAAAUUGGCUUCUUGCAUGCUGAUGCUGCCUCUCCUAGACCCGUUAUGGUAGCACUCAGCUAGAGAAAGCAGGCACAGCACAGAGUCCCUUACACUCAGCGCUGUGAUCACAACACAAAUAUUUGUGGUCCAAAGUGAAGGCCACAAAUCAGCAUCCUGAAACAUGGCAUUCUCUGCUGGCCCUUAUCAAGCUGGACCCCUAUGGACUCCAAUAGGAAUGGCAUCUUGUCCAACAGGCCAAAGAAGAGACCUGGAGCCAAAAAAUGAGACAUAGGCUUUAUUGAGGGGGACUGAUAUACAGGGAUGGUCCAGUGGUGGUGGAAUGGACAGAAGAACCAUUACCACUCACAAAAACACGCAAGGAGAACCACAACUGCUUGCAAAAAGCAAGCAGUUUAUAUAGCAUUUUCACUUAACACCCUCCACCUGGCAACCUCCACCCAGCAACCCCCCCAUUGCUGUCAGCUACAUCUGCCAUACAGGCUCAUUCUCAAGGGAGGCUUACGUUUAGCUAUUGCUGUCAGGUGUGUCUGCCAUACACAGGUGCAUCUACCAUACACUCCACUCUAGCAUACCCUUGAAUACCCUCACAUUCUUUUCAUGCCAUUCUUUUGUGAUUUCCCUGGGGGCAGGUAUAUGGAGGAACAUUGUAGCCAGAUGUCACAGCAGCAAUAGAAACUAC